AUGUCCUACAGCUGCUGCUCUGGAAACUUCUCCUCCCGCUCCCUGGGAGGCUACUUGAGCUACCCAUGUUUGUCUUCUUAUUUUUGCUCUUUCUGUGGACCCAGAAGCUGCUACUCAUGGGACUGUGGAUUCCAUGGCUUCAGGUCCCCUAACUAUGGGGUUUGUGGUUUUCCAUCCCUGAGCUAAGGGUCUAGAUUCUGCUAUCCAAACUACUUUGCCACCGGAAGCUGCCAGUCAUCAUGUUACAAACCAACCUCGGGAUCUAGCUUCUUUCAGUCAACUUGCUAA